ACUAAUCCCAUAAGCUGUCUUUGUACAUUGAUUUUAUAGAUCCAUAUCAAAAUUAGUGCCAAAUAGAAAGGAAUUAGGAAUUCUAUAUAAACAAUAUAUUUCCAUUACUAAUGCAUCGUCUUCUCGUAAGCUUUUCCCAACUUAGAUUCUCUCUGCAAUGGCGGCACGAGCAGGAGAUUCAAUAGAGAAGCGUGAAGAAGAGUGGCGAGCCAUUCUUUCUCCACAACAAUUUCACAUUCUCAGAGAAAAAGGAACUGAGCUAAAAUUCACAGGGGAAUACGAUAAAUCGUUUCAAGAAGGAAUUUAUAACUGUGCUGGCUGUGGAACACAACUUUAUAAAUCAGCUACUAAAUUUGAUUCUGGCUGUGGCUGGCCUGCUUUUUUCGAAGGUCUUCCCGGAGCCAUAAAUCGCUCUGCGGAUCCAGACGGGAGGAGAACGGAGAUCACAUGUGCAGCUUGCGGUGGGCAUCUGGGUCAUGUUUUUAAAGGCGAAGGGCACAAAACUCCAACUGAUGAACGCCACUGUGUAAACAGCGUUUCAAUUAAGUUUAUUCCUUCAUCCUCUAAUUAGAGAUGAUAAUGGAUUACUUCUAAAAUAAACUUGAGUGUGCGCUUCAAUCUCAGUGUAUUCAGUGGUUAUAUUAGAUAAAUAUGUUAAUGGAAAAAGUAAUCUACAGUAUCUUAUUAGUGGACAAA